CGGUCGCCGAAGUUCCUCUCUCUGCCUCUCUCUCUCUCUCUUUCUCUCUAAAACAGUAGAGCUAACAGAGAUACCCACCAUUUCGAAGUUGCAGCAGGAGCCGGCGAUGGAUCUUCUUCCAACGGAGGGCCCGGCGCCGGGGCGGCGCGUGGGGUUCCGGUCGCUGAAGCUUCUGAGCGUCGCCAUGGACGAGGCGUUGCCGGAGGAGCCCGUGGGCGUUGCGUACGGCGUCCUCGACAACGGCCUCUCCUACUACGUCCGCUCCAACCCCAAGCCCCGCAUGCGCGCCGCCCUCGCCCUCGCCGUCAACGUCGGCUCAGUUUUGGAAGAAGAGGAGGAGCGGGGAGUUGCUCAUAUCGUCGAACACCUAGCUUUCAGCGCCACAAAGAAAUAUUCAAAUCAUGAUAUUGUUAAGUUUUUGGAGAGCAUUGGGGCUGAGUUUGGCGCGUGCCAGAAUGCGCUGACUUCUUCUGAUGAAACUAUUUACGAGUUGCUCGUUCCUGUGGACAAGCCUGACCUCUUAUCACAGGCCAUUUCAGUUCUAGCGGAGUUCAGUUCAGAGGUUCGAGUAUCGACAGAGGAUCUUGAAAAAGAGCGUGGAGCUGUUUUGGAAGAAUAUAGAGGAGGGCGUAACGCUGCAGGACGCAUGCAGGACGCCCAUUGGGUUCUAAUGUUUGAAGGAUCAAAGUAUGCAGAACGGCUGCCGAUAGGUUUGGAGAAGGUGAUACGGACAGUUACACCUGAGACUGUUAAGCACUUCUACCAUAAGUGGUACCACUUUAGCAAUAUGGCUGUGGUUGCUGUGGGUGAUUUCUCGGAUACACAGAGUGUAGUUGAGCUAAUUAAGGCACAUUUUGGUCAAAAAGUUUCAGUUACUGGCUCUUCUCCACCCAUUCCAGAUUUUCCUGUUCCAUCGCAUAAAGAACCCCGAUUCUCAUGCUUUGUUGAAUCUGAAGCUGCUGGGUCUGCAGUGAUGAUCAGCUGCAAGCUGCCUGUGAGUGAGAUGAAAACAGUGAAGGAUUACCGGGAUUCGCUUGCUGAGGCGAUGUUUCAUUGUGCUUUAAACCAGAGGUUUUUCAAAAUAUCUCGCAGGAGAGAUCCCCCAUACUUCUCUUGCUCUUCUGCUGCAGAUUCUCUUGUUCGUCCUGUAAAAGCUUACAUCAUGACUUCGAGUUGCGGAGAAGGGGGGACUGUUGAGGCCCUUGAGUCUAUGCUACUUGAGGUUGCCCGAGUUCGACUUCAUGGUUUUUCAGAACGUGAAAUAUCCAUUGUACGUGCAUUGAUGAUGUCGGAGAUUGAAUCUGCAUUUUUAGAGCGUGACCAAAUGCAAUCAACAAGUUUACGUGAUGAAUAUUUACAGCACUUUUUACGCAAGGAACCGGUUGUUGGUAUUGAGUACGAAGCCCAAUUACAGAAGACUCUCCUGCCUCACAUUUCUCCAGCAGAGGUAUCAAAGUUUGCUAUAAACUUUUGCACUACCUGCAGCUGUGUAAUAAAAAUAGUAGAACCUCGAGCUCGUGCUACUCUAGAGGAUCUGAAAGCUGCUGUAGUAAAAGUCGAUGCUUUAGAAAAUGAGAGAAAUAUUCCUCUUUGGGAUGAUGAAAAUGUUCCUGAAGAAAUUGUUGGAGAAAGCCCAGAACCAGGGAGCAUUGUAGAACAGGUAGAGUACGUGAGCAUUGGUGUCUCUGAGUUACUUUUGUCCAAUGGCAUGAGGAUUUGCUAUAAGUGUACCGACUUUCUUGAUGAUCAGGUUAUUUUUACUGGGUUUGCUUAUGGUGGUUUAUCCGAAUUGUCAGAGGAUGAAUAUAUUUCAUGCUCAAUGGGGUCAACCAUCUCUGGAGAGAUCGGUGUAUUUGGGUAUAAACCGUCAGUCCUUAUGGACAUGCUUGCCGGUAAAAGAGCUGAAGUCAGCACAAAAGUUGGAGCAUACAUGAGAACGUUUUCUGGUGAUUGCUCGCCUUCUGAUCUGGAAACUGCUCUCCAGCUAGUCUACCAACUAUUUACUACAAAUGUGGAACCAAGGGAAGAGGAAGUGAAAAUAGUAAUGCAAAUGGCAGAGGAAGCAAUUCGUGCCCAAGAAAGAGACCCUUACACUGCAUUUGCAAAUCGUGUACGGGAACUCAAUUAUGGGAACUCCUACUUUUUCAGGCCGAUUCGAAUUAGUGACCUGAAAAAUGUGGAUCCCAUCAGAGCAUGUGAAUAUUUCAACAACUGCUUCAAGGAUCCUUCAAGUUUUACUGUAGUCAUAGUUGGGAAUAUCCAUCCGGCUGUGUCUCUUCCUUUGAUUUUGCAGUACUUGGGUGGGAUACCAAAGCCGUCAGAACCAAUUCUACAGUUUAACCGUGAUGACCUAAAAGGGUUGCCUUUCAAAUUUCCAGCCACUAUUAUUAGGGAAGUUGUCCGCAGUCCUAUGGUUGAAGCUCAGUGCUCUGUCCAACUAGCAUUUCCUGUGUUGCUGAAGAAUUCAUCAAUGAUGGAAGAGAUCCACUAUGUUGGGUUUUUGAGUAAACUUCUCGAGACCAAAAUUAUGCAAGUUCUUCGGUUCAAACAUGGCCAGAUAUACUCAGUUAAUGUCUCCGUCUUCCUGGGUGGUAAUAAACCUUCGAGAAGUGGAGAUGUUCGUGGUGACAUAAGUGUAAAUUUCUCGUGUGACCCAGACAUCUCAUCUAAACUUGUUGACCUUGCCUUGGAUGAGAUAUCAUAUCUUCAAGAUCAAGGUCCUUCUGAGCAGGAUGUUUUGACUGUUCUGGAGAUAGAACAACGAGCUCAUGAAAAUGGUUUGCAGGAAAAUUAUUAUUGGCUAGACAGAAUUUUGCGAAGCUACCAAUCAAGAGCUUAUUCUGGGGAUGUUGGUGCAUCAUUCAAGAUUCAAGAUGAAGGACGGACUAAAGUCAGAAAAGCUUUGACACGGAGCAGAGUGCAAUUGGCAUUGCAAAGAAUAUUACCUUUUCCAUGUAGAAAACAAUACACUGUAGUCAUUCUAAUGCCGCGGUUAUCUCACUUUAGGAUGCUGAAGUCCUUGCUUCAUUUGAGCACCAACGGUUUUAGCAGAGACGCUAAGAUUUUGGCUGGUGCAGCUGGUGCAGUGGUCUUAGGGAUCAGCUUAUGGAGAUACUCACGAAGUACUCUGAAAUCUUAGGAUCAGAUGCUAUUUUUGGGCAAUUUUUAGAGGGCAUUCAUCGGUAUGCAACACGGUCAUCGGCGAAUUUAGAAUGGAAAAUUGAUGCUACUGGUGAAGCCUGAUUUCUAAAAUGACACAGCAACAUAAAUUGCAGAAAAGCUACCCGAUAUCCACUAUAGUGAAAUUGGCAUUUGUACGAUUUUAUGUAGGUGUAACAGUUACAAUGUAUAAAACAUAAGAAACUUGAAAUAGAAAUGACAAAAGGAAAUUGGUCAUUCUGGCCAGUAUUUAAAGACUUGAAGACAGUGUAAGGACAUUAUUAUUAUUAUCAUUAAAUUACGACUCAUGCUUCGGCAAUUCAGAGA